AAAUGACAAUGCAUAGUGCUAAACAAAAUCCUAAUUAAUACUUAGCAUUUGUUUUAAAUUUAAUCGCGUGGGUUAAUACAAAGAAGAUUUUCGUUUAAAGACCUAGAUAUAGGGAUUUAGGAAUUAUACAAACGAGAAAUUAACAAAGCGAUGAUCACUGAUGAGUUUUGAAUAUCUGCCUAUUCUUAAAGAUCUGUGUUUGGAAAGGACACGUCACAAUAGUGGUAACAGAUCUCAUUUUGAUGCCUGGUUUGAAAAGGAGUAUAUAGCCAACAUGCCAUAUAUCAGCCCCUAUAGAACAGGGUACGAUGCAUAUCCGACGCCGUCCAGGAGACGCAGACCGUUUCGCAAAAUAUGUCUCUUGCUCAUUUUCAUUGCUGGUGUAGUCUCUAUAUACCUUACGAAAAAAUACAUAAUAGAAGAACUAAGAUUGUAUCAAGGAAUCUAUAAUAAUGUUGACUACGAUAUUCACACAGAGGGGAGGCCAACUGAUGGUUUCAUGGCAGCGGAUUAUGACGCCGAGGGAAUGCGUCAGAGGCCACUUUGUGAUAUGUAUGACUUAUCAAAACCAAUGCCAACCUGGUACCCCUGCUUACUAAGUAAUACAAACCCUGCAGUCUUCGUAUGUAUUUAUGUCACAUGGGUAGAUAAGACAGUGUCAUACUGGCUUGCAGAUAAAGGGCAUUGGGAGAACCAUCUUACUGAUGUAAUGCAAACAGUGUUCAGAAGACAUCCUAACAUCGGGUUUAUAGAUGUAGGCGCCCAUAUAGGGAUGCAUACCCUUAUGGCAGCAGCAAUGGGUCAUAAGGUUGUUGCUGUUGAGCCUUUGCCAGAGAACCAGGCUAGACUGCAUAAAAGCAUUAGGAUGAAUGGCUACGAACAUAUGGUGAAAUUAGUCUCUAACGUUAUUUCAAAUAAACGUAAAAAUGUCUCAUUAGGAUAUGAUAAAGAUCGUAUCGGGUCGGCACAAGUGCAUGAUUCAGAUACUCUGGUUGAGAUCAAUAAUAUGCGUAGAAACAUAGAGUACAUUAACGCUCAAGCUGUUACAAUGGAUGACCUUUUAGACCCUGUAACAUUUACAUCCGCCAUUUUGAAAAUCAGUAUCGAGGGUCACGAAUGCGAGGCACUCCAGACAUCCAAACAACUUUUCAAACAAAUCUAUAUUCCCUAUAUCUUCAUGAAAUGGCCAGGUAUAGCUUUAGGUCGUGAUGAAUGGAGAAGAAUCAAACUUAAAUGUAAUGUUCAGUCUAUGAUCGAUAAUUUACAUUCAAUGGGAUACACCCCAUAUAGAGUUAUAACGAAUGAGGAGUUAAAUAAAGAAUUAUGGGAGGUCUGGGGACCAUUAGAAUGGAGUAUAAAAGUAGAUAUAUAUUGGAAACAUAGCUCAGCAGAAAAAAUUCAUAUGAACAAAGAUUUCAUUUCUAAUAAGGUUCGUGAUAGUUUACUACAAAACCAAAAAUUGGUUGAAACAGAAGUUAUAACUGAAAACAAAGACGAAUCUAUAGACCCACUCAAAGAAUAUGACCCGUUUGACAAAAAUAUUGAUGGCAAUGAUCAGUUAGAUACGAAUUUUCAAAUCCCGGCGCCUGGAUUGCAACUUGAAGAAUUAGAGUCCUUAUCAGACGAUGCAAUUGGAGAUGAUAUCAUGGAAAUGAAUGAACAUAAAAGCUUGCCAGACGAAGAUAAGCGAGUGAUCGAUGUAAACCGUCCUGACUCAAUAUUGAUAAAUCGUAUCAGUAAUCACGAUCAAAAAUACAACAUACAAUUGUCGGAAAAAGAGAAUGCCGAACGCAUGAUGAACUUUGAUGGUAAACAUAUUGAAUUUGAUGACAAAGGUUUAGAUAAUAUCUAUACUGACUUAGACAAUGAUAAUAACCCAAACGACGACAUUUUGUGGCAUGGUAAACUUAUUAAUAAAAACCUAGCCGAGAAUCAGGCGAAUCAAAAUGCUAUAAAACAGCCCUCAGAUGAAAUCAAUAAUAUGAAUGAUGUCAAUGAUGAUGAUUACUCAGACAAAGAGGAAGAUGCUCUUGUAAAUGACAAUGAAGAAAAUGAUGACAAAUUCAACAAUAUUAACAAUCUACAGUAUGUCAACAAUGAUGAAGAAGUAAACGGACAAGAUACUAACCUACGCGACAUCAAAGACAACUGGGAAGUGGACAAAUACGAUGAGGAUAAUAAUCAAAUAGAUGAUGAAGGAAAUGAUAUGGACGAUAAAGAAAAUCCAAGAGAUGAGGGAAAUGAAGACAAUCUAGGGGAUGAUGAUAGUGAAACAGACUACGAUAAUGUUGACAAAGUGUUAGAUGAAGAUACCAUCGAUGAUGAUGAUCAUGAUGUAUAUGGAAAUGAAGAUGAAAAUGGAGAUGACGAAACAGAAAACGAAGGAGAGGAAGAGGAAAUACAAGACGAAGAUGAAUAUGAAGAAGAUAACUUAGUUAAUGAACCUGACACUGAAUAUAAUGCUAACAAUGACCAUGUAGGUGAUGCCAGGAACAGGCUGGCUGAAAUGUAGACAUUGUAAUAACUAUUUGCAGGAGGUUAUAAAAUUGAUUGUAAUGUUAGCCCUUUAUACAGUAGUAAUUAGUGGUUACUUGAUUAGGAUUUUAUAAUCAUAUUUAGAUGGUUCACAUUUAACAUGUAAUACGUGUCGAAAAGUCCUGUAUAUAUUACAGGUAAACUUACUUGAAGUGCUAACGACAUAGCUGAAUUAAUUGAUUAGCGUUGAAAGGCUGACGAUUUGAGACACUUAUCCUGUAAAAUGGAAGAUGUCCUGGAAACAAAAACAUUUUAUCAUAUCAGUAGA